ACAGGUGUGCUCGGUUGCUAAGCGCUGCACAGGAACCGGAGAAGGAAAGCUCACGUAUUUUAACAACUAGCCGAUUUCAAACGGUGUUUUCUUCGUUUUGGGGGCUGAAAAAACCACACGUUUGUUAAUAUUACAAAACUUUGACAUCGUCUCAAUUUAAUUUUGAAAUGGGUCGAUACAAGUGCCGAGCAAAACUAAGUCGUGAAAGUGGAUUACAUCACCAACGAGAUACACCUGUGAAACCAGCACCAAGAGGAAAGAACAGGAAAUGGCUUCCCAUUAGACAUUAUGACCCUAUUCCAGAGGAACCUGAGUUGGGAGAUAUUAAAGUUCCCUCCAUCAGACCAGCCAACACAAUCAUGGGAAGAAUAAAACUCAUCCGCUAUAAAUCUGUGUUUGGCUUGAGCAGCCCUGAAUUGACAGAAAACACCACCCCAUCUGCAGCACCAGAUAUUCUAGGUUCUACCAACCAAGUUUCCCCUUCACCUCACCCAACGACUCAGAUGACACCAGACCUUGGGGCUUUGAAGUAUGCUACACCGGUUCGAGAAAACUUGGCAGUGGCUUCUGAAAGCAUCACAUCUUCCAGCAUUGAGUCAGACUCAACUUUCAGCUCUGAUGACGAAGAAGAAGACUGUUGCUCUUCCGCUUCAUCUUCCAGCAGCCUCCUCUCUCCGGAGAUCUUUAGGAGAGAGAGCUGUGAAGAUCUCCUGGGUCUCCAUCCUUAUAUAAAAAACUCCACCUUACUGGAUGCAAGCCAUGCUGAGAGCAUCCAAAUGUACCAUCCCCCCAACCUUUCUACCAUCAUCGAUGUCUCCUCGAUUCUUGUUGAAAAGAAGAGUGAAAUCAAAGGAACUGAAGCUGGAAUCAAACAACAUAGAGACCCAUUAAAAUCAGAUGGAUCCAUCAGAUUUAAGACUCCUCCAAAACCCACAAACAGAAGGCCCAUUUCUUACAAGAAGAAGGUGUCAUUCAAAAGCCCAAUCAUCUCAGCGACUUUUGAAGAGAAACACAUCCUGACUAACAAUUUAACCUCUCACAAUACUGCUGGGCCUGUUGGAACAGCUACCCUGGCUGAGAAGGAAAAUCAUGAUGCAGACACAUCAAGAGCAAGUGACAGUGGUUUUAAAGAGGGGGCAGUGUGUCCAAUGCCAUCAUUGGCAAGCCCAACUGAAAGUGUCUCUAUGACAGCAAAGUUUUUUGACUUUGCCAAUGAUAGUAAGAGGGAUGAGUUCUUUAAGAGGAUGAGAGAAAGGACUGUCAGACUGUGGAAUGUACCUUUAUUACCUUUAACAGCUGCUAAGCCCAAAACCUCUUAGAUUAUCUGACAUCCAAGGCAAAAUGUUAUGUAUGUGGGCUUUCUCUCACUGUAACCAAAGUUGGUGGUCUGUAUAAAUUUAGAGAAGUCAUCUGUUCUUCUCUGUAAAAGCGAAUGGCACUAAUAAAAUGUCCACAUCAGAAAUCAAUUGUGAAGUAAAAUUUGAUCAGUAUUUGUAAACUAUUAAAAAAUAAGUCCAUGUGGACACCUUGCAUUGUGCAAAUAUUGUGUAACCUUGAAACUUACAAAUUGUGGAAGACUACGUGGCUUUAUGGUCACAUAGCUGAUCCUUGAAACCAUCUGUUUAGGUAAAUGAACUUCUCAAUGACUGUUUUACACAGCACACUUUCAAACAAAUAACUUCCUUUUCUUAUUUACAUGAGUGUGUACUGGGCCAUGACCACUAGAUGUCAGAUCUGUGUUGUCUUAUAAAGCUUUCUUCAUCCCUUCUGUCCAUCCAAUCCAUGUUGGAUUGAGCCGGUCUAUUUUGACUGCCUUUCUUCAUUUGUAUUCUAUUUGUUUGGCUUAUUUGUCAGUGCCAGAGAAAUUCAUAUAAAUGAUAAAUGUAUUGUAAAAAUGUAUGUUUAUUUUUGAUAGGACUAUUGUGAGUUUUUUUGUAUUUUCUUUAUUAUUUUGUAAAUUAUAAAAUAUAUUUAAGCAUCAGAAAAUAUGUCAUUAGUUAAUAAAUGUACAAUAAAUAGCAAUAAAAAGU